AUGGAUAACAAUAACGAGAAUGAUGAGAAUCAAGAGCUUGUCAAUGAGGAAGAGGACGAUGACUUCCCUGAAUAUGCCAACGAGGCAAAUAAGGAACUCAAUGAGAAGAUCAAAUUAAAAAGACGCAUCAUUCGAGACAUCAAUUCCAAGAUUGAGGAAAAGAGUGAUAAGUUGAAAGUGCUUUCGGAACACUUGAAGAACAUCCAGCAGGAAUUACUUCACACUUAGGCUUUGAUCGACACAAAAAACAAAGAAAUUGAAACUGAAGACCAUUUGAAAUAAAUAACAGAAAGAUAAAUUGGUCGUCUUCAAAAUGAAAUGACAAAACAAUAAAAGAUAAUGAUCGAGUAACAAGAGAGAUUGAAUGAUGUUCAAAAUUCCAUCUAUCGAGGGAAUGAGAGAUUGGACAAAUACAAGAUUGAGAUGAAUUGGAAUCAAGAAGAAUUGGAACAAUGGGUUUUGGCUGCAAGAUAAAAGGAAGAGGACUCUUUAACCAUGGAGAAAUAUAAGAGAGGAGAUGAAGCCAAAAUUAAAGAACUCAAUCUACAGAUAGAAAAAUUGACUGUUGAAGUUAGCAGGAGACAAAAUGAACUGGAUAGAGAAAUCACAGAAACAUAGACAGCCUAAAUUGAAUUGGAUAAGACAGCAGAAGAAUUUAGAAGAUAACAUGAUGAACGUCAUAAACUAUUUCAACAAUGGUAAGAAGUGACAGACAAUAUAGCCAGAAGAGAUCAAGCAAUUAGAGAUGAAUCAGAGAGAUAUGCUGAUAUCAAGGCUUAGAUCAAAGCAAAUCAAUAAGAUUUAGAGAAUCGAAAGUCUUAAUUGAUGAAUGAGAAGCAAGAAAAUAAAUCAGUUGAAGUUCAAAAUUAGCAACUUGAGAGAACUAUUAUUUAAUAGAGGUAAUCUAACAAAGACAUCGAAUUGGCAAUAGAUAAUCUGAAAGCUGAUGUUGAAAUUUAAAAGAAUUAACUAUCUGCUUUUGCUACUGAUUUAUCUAAUAAGAGAAAUAGAUUGGCUUAGAUGUCAUAAGAACUCCUAAUUAAGAAAUAGAGAUUGAAUAAUGCUUAAAAGAAAUAUGCAAGUGAGAAACAGAAAUUGAAGUUGGAAGAUAUCUAACAUUAAGAGUUUGAAAAACAAAGGAGUAUGGCAUCAGAUAGAUACAAGAACUUGGAAAAGUAAAGGAUUGAUCUGGAUAAGGAAAUCAAAUUACAAAAGGAGGUCUUAUUCAAAGCUACGCAAGAUUUAUUUAAAUUGAGAGAAAACGAAGCUAAUUUAUAUGGAGAAAUACAAGCAAAUGUGAGUGCUUGCCGUAAUUAUUAAGCUCAUAUCAAUAAAUUAAUUUAAGAAUUUUAAAGAUAAUAAGAAUUAUUGUAUAAUGCCGAAUAUUAGAUAUAAUUGAUGGAAAGAAGAGUAGCAAGAGCCAAAGGAGAACGUACAUUGGAAGAGAAGAAGGAUUUGGAAAAUGAAAUCAAGGAAAUUGAGGAGAAGGUCAAUUUGUAAAAGAAGGAAUACAAAACAUUAUUGUAGAGUUUGAAAAGACUGGAUGAUGACUUAAGAGGAACAGAUAGACAAUUGACUGGUACCAAAGGAUCAUAAACUAAAUUGAAAUAAGCAAUUGAUGAAUUAACCUUAGAAAAUGAUAUGACUUAUUAGGACUUGAGCAAGAUUGUUAAGUCAAAAGAAGAAGUGUUGGUUUAACACGAUUUUAUGAAGUUAGAAAUACAAAAGAUUUAAAAGGUAGUGACAACUGCUGUUGAUAAAGUGUUUAACUUAGAGAAUCGUAAAUAUCAAUUGGAAAUGGCUAUGCAAGAAAGGGAAUAGGAAAUUUAAGUACAUAAAGAUGUUUUGGUGGCUGAACACAAGGCAGCUGAAGAGGAAAGACAUAAAAUUGCUGUUGAAUUGGCUGAGAGAUAAAACAGAGUGAAGAAUCUCAGAAUCAAAUAUGAAUCUUUGGUAUAGAAGAACAAAUCCUCGAAUGGAGAGUAGGACACCCAAAACAUCGAGGAGCAUUCAUAAGCUUAUUAUAUUAUUAAGGCAUCUUAAGAAAGAGAGGAAUUGCAGAGGAAAGGUGAUGAAUUGAAUGCUGAAAUCAUAAAAAGAGAUCAAGAAUUAAAGGCCUUAGAUAACACACUAUCUCACCUUAAGAAUAGAAACAGUAAGUAUAGGGACAGUUUCUUAAACAAGGGUAUUUCUUAGAAAGAAGUAUCUCAUAGAGAUGGAUUGGAGGAACAAUGUAGAGCAGCAUCUGAGAACUUAUUUAAAAAGAAAAAGGAAUUGCAACGAUUGUAAUAAGAAAUAGAUGAGGAUAUGAGAAGGCUGACUGAAAUACAGAAUAGAAUUGAAAUUCUGGAUAAUCAAGAGAGGGAAAUGGAAAUGCAAUUCUAAAAGUUGGAAAAAGAGUUGCAAGAUUAGCAAGAGAAGAUUAAUAGGGCUGAGAAUAUAAUGAGUUCAAAACUAGCAAAAGUUUAAUAAAAAAGAAUUGUGCUUGAUGAAUCAAAUGCACACAUCUCAGCUUUAGAGUUAGACAUUUAGAAUAAUUUAAAUAAGACACUAAAAACCUGCAUUUUGUAACAUUUUUAUUCUAUCAACCUCUUUAGCAAUUUAGUCUAGGAAUUUCCAGAAAUGCAAGCAAUAAUAGAUGCUGUCUUUUAGGAGAAAAAUGUCACUGUUCCUAGUAAAUAACCCUCAUCUGUUGGAGUCCCCUCUGUUAGAUCGUCUGUACGUUCAGCUUCUUCUCAGGGCAGAAGAUGA